AAUUCCUAUUGUUGUUGUUGUUGUUGUUUUUUUUCUUUUUGAAUUUAUUCUUCUCUUUUUUUUUAUUUUGGAAACCGAUAUUGAACUUUUCCUAUGGGCAACAUUUCCCAUAACAAAAAUAAAACUUUCACGGCAGCAGGCCUCGAAUAAAUCAUACUUAAAUCUGUAACACUUUUAACUGAAGCUGCUUUUGCUGGAUAUUACAAGCUUCAGCCAUCUAACGGUCAAGUCGGAGUUGUAAAACGCGGAGGGCAGGGUCCUGUCGAUACUUUAGCCUCGUGCACUCUCACUCCGCCAGACGCUAUUUUCGUCUCUCGUAAAUCCUUCCCUGUUUUCUCUCUCAGUUAAAAUGUUCGUUACGUUUGAUGCUAUCGUCCAUCGAGCAUUUUGGAUUGCUCAACACGAAAGAACCAUUCUCCCGGCUGGUAUAGUGAACCUUGCAGAGAGGGUCGCGCGAAUGCAAGAACGUGCAAAGGUAACCUCGCUACCUUCACUGAAGGUGACGUCAUAGACCCCCCGAAUGGCUCAAACGUAGGUGUAAGAGUAAAUCCGCUUGUCUGUCUAUUUGUGCUCUACUGCUGCAUUCUGUGCUAACAUCAGAAGCCAUCAGAGAAGAAGGUUUGCGAAAGGUGUGUGAAAGUGCAAAGCAACUGCUUGUCUUUUGCUCACAAUUUAUUUUAACGAUCAGGGCUUCACUCUAACGCCUUCACAGCAAAAGACUGCUGAGCUGACGUCAUUUGAAAAUAUCUCAAGACAAAUUAUCUUGUUUUGCGUUGAGAAAAAGUCAAACUCCACUCAGAGCAAGCACGAUUAGCUUUGUGGAAUCAGCGAUGACCCUACCAAGCCACUUUCUCGUAUUUUUCUUUGGAUUGCUGGCGUUGAGAGCAGCAGAAGUGAGCUCCUUCGGAAGAAAGACAGUCAAAGCUCUAUUAAAAACAUGCGACGAUCCUGGUGUCCCAAAGAAUGGCUUCCGUGUGGGAGAAGACUUCGACUACAAAGCCAAGGUUGAAUAUUUUUGCAAUCCGGGAUUUAGACUCACCGCAGGGACCAGGUUACGACAGUGUCAGCAGAAUAAAAAAUGGAGUGGAACCUUGCCAACUUGUGAAGAUAUCAACGAAUGCAUUGAAUACGAAGAUUACGAAAACCCUUACACCACCAAUGACGUGCAGGUCGAGCACAAUCAUCUAUGUCACGCGAAGGCCACGUGCUUCAACACCAUUGGGUCGUUCUACUGCAAGUGCAAGCUGGGUUACCAUGGCGAUGGAAAGUUAUGCUUGUCUAGUAAAUACCGAAUGGUUGCUGCUCUGUUCCGAAAAAAGACUAAAGUUUCACCGCACACUUGUGGUACGCUGGGAAAUUCAAAGAAUGCGACACGCAUCAGACGGAUUGUGGGAGGGAUAUCCUCAGAUUAUGGAGCCUGGCCCUGGCAGGUCGCCAUCAGCUACAACAGCACAAGAAGAAAAAGCUAUCUCUUCAACGGAGCGCUCAUUAAACCAGGGUGGGUUCUUACAGUAGCAAACGUUCUUCAAGUCAAAAAGGGCGUAACGCCCAUAAAACCCAACAGACUUCAAGUGAUAUUAGGUGAAUUCAACCGUAACAAACUGGACGGUACUGAAACGCCAGUCACCGUGAAAAGGAUCGUUUUGCAUCCGGGAUACGACCGAACUACUAUGGCCCAUAAUAUCGCUCUGUUAGAGUUGGAGAAGCCCGUUAGGCUUAAUGACCAUAUUAGGAUGGUAUGCGUCCCAAAACGGAAACGAGACAAGAUUUUAGAAAAGCCACUUCAGUUUGGUACAGUGGCAGGAUGGGGUUCAACUAAAGCAAUCAGGCUCGGUGAACCUACUGGACCUUUGUCUGCCGAACUAAGACAGGUUACAGUCCCGAUUGUCCCGGAUAAAGAAUGCAAGGAAGCUUCAAUUUAUUCGUUUGACAAAGAAACCACGUUGUGUGCGGGCUUCAAAAAGAAGCCAAAAGAUCCCUGCUUUGGAGACGUGGGGAGCCCCCUCGUCAUGCAGCAGCCACGCUCUGGCCGCUGGAUUGUAAUUGGACUGUUUGGUUGGAGCGAAGGUUGUGGAAGACCAAGAAAGUAUGCGUAUUACACGAGGGUGUCAAAGUAUAGGAAGUGGAUAAAUUUCAUUGUCAGAAGCCGCCAGUAAUUGGAGGGAGUCUCAACAUUCAAAUAUUUGCGCGUCAGUUUUGUACCCUGUUCAGAGAUCGUCAGAGUGUAAAUCUGAUAUUUUGACUUACUGGUUCCCUUUAAAGAAAAUGAUGAUAGCAUUAUAAGCCUUUAGGUUUAGUUGCUUACUGCAUUUUUGAGGAAUCGACGCACCCCUUGUUUCCAUCCUUUAUUCAGUGAAAUGUCGGGACAUCGUACACGACAUGGAGAUUUUUGUAUAGGCUCCAAGUAGCUACACGUGUGCAUAUAAUUAUACAGACGUGAUAACGAAGUUGGGUUGCAUUUCUCGUCUUGUUUAAAACGAUCGGUUUAAACUUGUCGGCACAUUGAUCUUUGGAAAUACGCAAAGACCCAACUUUUACAACAUCAACCUAACCAGAGAGAGGAAGUCAGACGAUUGACGUUUCAAAAAUGCAGUAGGCCCCCUAAUUAAGGUAUAUUUCAAGAGAAUGUUACUGUACGAAGCCAUGGAGCUUAAAUUCACUCGGUCAAUACACUCUCCGAGAAGCCUUGUUAAUAUACGAGUACCGCUACUUUUGAAUACCAAUUAGCAUAUACGAGAAUUUUUGCAUUGAUUAUUCAUAGCAUUGCUACGUUUGCAUUUGAAUUGGAAUCUUUUAUUUAUAUUUUAUAACGUUUUUUUCAAUGUCAUUCUUUAAAAAAAACGGUGGACAAGCCUCCAAAGAAACAAACUCGGGGGUAGACAAAAUCAACUUCAUAUUGUUCAAUUUUCAUAGCGCUAGCUGUUACGCUUUAUCAAGUCACAGUCGUCAAGCAUCAUACCUUCCUUGUCAUACUACUAUGUUUUUGCCUUGGUGAUUAGUUCUUGCACCCUCCUAAUCAGUAAAGUAGCGGCAUAACGACAUCAUGAUAUAACCACUCAAUCGCUUAUGAUCGGCAUAAAGAAAUCAAGAAAAGAUCAGUUUUUUUUUCCUUAACUCGUUAUGAGUUCAUGUUAUGUUGUUAUUAUGUCGUUAUGUUCACACUGCAAACAUAACUUGAUAACGUCCUUUCUAUGUCGUUAUGUCUCUAGCUGAACUAGGCUUAACUUUCAGUGUUAUAGUGCAGAGAAUAGAAGACUUAUGAAAUGUGAAAGGUGAAUUCAUCAACAUAACACGACCGUGGGACGAAUUGUCAUGUUUAUCAAUUCACCUUUCACAUUUCAUUACCGAGCUUAAAAUUCUCCAUCUUUAUUCACUUAUAGAAGACUCAAUUUUCUAGUGUCAUGAAACUAGUAACAGCCAAUACAGUAUUUAUGUUGCUAUACCCAGCUUGUGACACUACUUUCAAAGUAAUAUUUCCGUAUCAAGGGACACCAAAGCUUGAUUGUUUAGAGCGCUAUUGAGGAUUAGUGUGAAUUUUUCAUUCACGUUUUCUAACUUCGUAGCAAAGUGUAGUGUUUAUCGUUUUACCCUUAGUUUUGAAAAAUGACAAUAACCUCGAGUAGAAUUGUUCAGCUGGACAACUGGACUCAAGUGAACAUUUAUUAUGGGCUACCCAAAAUUGCUCUUGUUGUGAAUGAAAAGAAUAACAGACAACUCGAUCUGACCAUUCGCCAUAUUUGGAAAACGGUUUGGAUAUCGUUCUCUGUCAACCUUUUUCAUUUGCUUAUUUCAAUACGUUUUGUUACACAUAUCUAAUUGAUAAGUUUUUUUGUUGUUAGUUUCGUCCAGAGGGAGCGACACGGUUGAACUACAAAUCGAGUUUUUUGUUUGCAUAAAAGAUAAUUGUUUUAAAUUAUCUUAGUCGAGAGCACGAACAAUUGUUUAAACAUUGGGUUUUUUCGGGUUUUUUGUGGGUGGAGAGUUUUAUCUUCAUUUACUCAUGCUGCGACGAAGAAGGACAAGGAAGUUUGGUGAAUUUCCAGAUUAGCUCAGUUUGUGAGAAGAAACUGCACUAGACUCGACAUGGUGAAAUACAAUAAAGAUUGGCGAGCUUUCUAUGAAAGCUUUUUUAGAUAA